GACCUCGCUGUAUGUCGCGUAACGGUAGUUUUUCUGAUCAGGAGUAACCGCACCUUCUAGGCUGUGGUUUUUUUCUGGGUUACAUGAGCCUUUCGGUGCUCUGUAGCGCGUUGCAGUGAUGUGCAAAGGCCUUUCAGAGAGCUCUCUCGGUCUUUCAUGAAGUUUUGUUUUUGCUCACACUUAUUUCCCCAAAAUAAUGCAUAUAUCUUAUGAGAUGCUCAGAAGAAAUUCAAUAUAUUGCCCAGUGAAAUUGAUUAGCUUUUAGUGGUCAGAGUUACUGUUAAUCUUGAGAAUUUGCCCAAUACCUUCUUGCUGCUGUCUGCACUUUUCCCUGCUGUUUUCCUUUCACAGGAGACGUUGGAUUUAACCUGUAAAAAAGCCCCAUGCUUUAUGAAGUUCUCGGAGAUGGAGCAAAUAGCAAACAUUCGUGCUGAAAUCAAUCAGAAAAAAUUGGAAACUGAAAUCCUGCAGUUGGAGAAGGAGACAGCAGACAUUGCUCACCCUUUUUAUUUGAGCAAAAAGUGCCAGAUCUUUCAAGAUAUGAACAGACACUUGGAAGCAGUGCUGAAAGAGAAAAGGACUCUCAGACAAAGGUUAAUGAAGCCCAGAUGUCAAGAGAACCUGCCUAUUGAGGCUCCUUUCCACAAGUAUGUAGUAGAGUUGUUGACUGAGGCUGUGACGUUCAUUGAGAAGCUUGAAAGCCAUUUGCAGACCAUAAGAAGCAGCCCUCAGAUACCCAGCGUCAUGGAGAAUAUGGACACUGCUUUGACCAAAACAGAGGUGCUAGUGACAGAGUUGGAGGAACUGACAGAGCAAAUACUGAAAUGGAGGGAACUGCAAAAAGGAGCGCAUUCUGACAGCAUCUGCAGUACUGUUGAGCUGGACUUUAGCUUUUCUUUAACCUGACAAAUCACUUUUCUCCGCAGAUAGGAUGGCCAUUCAAAGAACUACCCUUUAACAGUCUUCUGUGAAAACUACAAUGUAAUUGUGCCUUAAUCCAACAGGGAUUUUAUAGCUAGUUAUUUUCUUGUUCUUAAAUGAUAUUUGAAUGGUUAACAGUUCUCCGCUAUUAAAAUAAAAAAGGAAGAAAUUGGACAAUGAGCAAUAGGUCAUACAAAAACAAACUGAGAAGGCUGUUAGGGAGUUCCUUUUUGAAAUAGUCAAGUAGAGUUGUCUUAAAGCCUGUGUCUUCAACACAGGUUUUCUAUAUUGGUCAUGCAUUUGCUACAAUGUCUGCAUUUGUUUUUGUAAGUAUCAUGAUAAUAUGUUAUAUUUUGUAUGUCAUGGUAAAACUUCAAUAAAUGCACCAGAUUAUUAAGA